CGCAGUCGGCGGGAAGCGGCGGGAUCGGGAGGAAGCUGGCGGAAGGUGUCAUGGCGGCCGCGCUCUCGCGUCACGUGCCCCACAAGCCCGCCUUCGCACUUCCGGUCACGUGCCCCUGGAGUUCUCGCAGCCAGCGAUGGAGGCGAGACCCCCUAGUAACAGAGGCGCGGCUGGCGGCGACGGCUGCUGGGCUUCAGCCUCUUGCGGGCGGCGGCUCUAAGCGCGGUGGAACGCGACUCGACCCGGCCCAAGGACUGACUCUCGAUCCAGAGCCGUAGCUCCGACCUGACGUCAUGGCAACUUCAUCUGAAGAAGUUUUACUGAUUGUAAAGAAAGUGCGCCAAAAGAAGCAAGAUGGAGCGCUAUACCUCAUGGCAGAAAGAAUUGCUUGGGCACCUGAAGGCAAAGAUAGGUUUACAAUCAGCCAUAUGUAUGCAGAUAUAAAAUGCCAGAAAAUCAGUCCAGAAGGAAAAGCUAAAAUUCAGCUUCAGCUGGUCCUGCAUGCAGGGGACACAACAAACUUCCAUUUCUCCAGUGAAAGCACUGCAGUGAAGGAACGAGAUGCUGUCAAAGACCUUCUCCAGCAGUUGCUUCCCAAAUUCAAGAGGAAAGCAAAUAAGGAACUCGAAGAGAAAAACAGAAUGCUACAAGAAGACCCUGUUCUGUUUCAGCUUUAUAAAGACCUUGUUGUGAGUCAGGUGAUCAGUGCUGAGGAUUUCUGGGCCAAUCGCUUAAAUGUGAAUACAGCAGACAGUUCUUCCACAUCUAAUCAUAAGCAGGAUGUUGGCAUUUCUGCAGCAUUUCUGGCUGAUGUCCGGCCUCAAACAGAUGGCUGUAAUGGUCUGAGAUACAAUUUAACCACCGAUAUCAUUGAGUCCAUAUUUAGGACCUAUCCGGCAGUAAAAAUGAAAUAUGCAGAAAAUGUCCCCCACAACAUGACAGAAAAGGAAUUCUGGACACGUUUCUUCCAGUCCCAUUAUUUUCACCGGGAUCGACUGAAUUCAGGGUCAAAAGACCUAUUUGCAGAAUGUGCCAAAAUAGAUGAAAAAGGAUUAAAAACAAUGGUUUCAUUAGGAGUGAAAAACCCACUCCUGGAUUUAACAGCUUUGGAAGAUAAGCCGUUAGAUGAGGGCUAUGGCAUUUCUUCUGUGCCAUCUACUUCCAAUUCUAAAUCCAUCAAGGAGAAUAGUAAUGCUGCCAUUAUCAAGAGAUUUAACCAUCACAGUGCCAUGGUCUUAGCAGCAGGUCUCCAGAAACAAGAAGCACAAAAUGAACAAAACGGUGAACCCAGCGGCAUGGAUGGGAAUUCCCGAGAUGCAGACUGCUUUCAGCCAGCAGUCAAAAGGGCAAAGUUGCAAGAGGCCAUUGAAUAUGAAGACUUGGGAAAAAAUAAUUCCAUAAAAACAAUUGCUCUAAACCUUAAGAAGUCCGAUAGGUAUUAUCAUGGUCCAACUCCAAUCCAGUCACUACAGUAUGCAACAAGUCAGGACAUUAUUAGUUCUUUUCAAAGUAUUAGACAAGAAAUGGAAGCUUACACACCCAAACUAACUCAGGUUCUCUCAAGUAGUGCUGCUAGUAGUACCAUCACAGCCCUGUCACCUGGAGGAGCCCUUAUGCAGGGAGGGACACAGCAAGCCAUAAACCAGAUGGUGCCAAAUGACAUCCAGUCUGAAUUGAAGCAUCUGUACGUGGCUGUUGGAGAACUUCUGCGGCACUUCUGGUCCUGUUUUCCUGUUAACACACCAUUCCUAGAAGAAAAGGUAGUGAAAAUGAAAAGUAAUUUGGAACGAUUCCAGGUUACAAAGCUCUGCCCAUUCCAAGAAAAAAUUCGGCGACAGUAUUUAAGCACAAAUCUGGUAAGUCACAUAGAAGAGAUGCUCCAGACAGCCUACAACAAGCUCCACACGUGGCAGUCACGACGCAUGAUGAAGAAGACGUGAGUGCUCGUGGCUUCGCGUUUUUGUGAGAUGGAGCCCACUGUGGUCUGCAGUAACUCUGGACACCUGACCUGACAGCCUUGCAGACCAUCUCACAGACGUGACAAGACACACCUGCACUGUGUGGACUUUCGAGCCGAUGCCUAUUGUACCUUGCACAUUGUGGAGGGAGAGGAAGAAAGGGACUGUGAUUGGACUGAAAGCGGGGGAGGUAAAUUAAGGCAGAACCAAAAUGAGCUAAGUUGCAAAUAUAUAUAAAUAUAUAUAUUUAAAAAGACACUGUUUACUGCAGUUACUCAGGAACUGCUUUUGAUUCACAUUAAGCUGCUUUCAGACAUUUAAAAACAACAAAAACUUUUCUUAAAGGGUGCAUUGAUAAAAUCGGAGGUUUUUGUUUUGUUUUUGUUUUUCUGUGUAAAUGUUUUUCUAAGUUUAUGGCACAGGGUACAUCUAUUCAGAAUUUCUCCUCCAUCCUCAGAGUAUACUGAAUUCUAGUUGUCACUUCCAUUACAAAUGAUCGAGGCUACUUAAAAGCAGAGGGAGAUGUUGCUCAGCCCUCUGGAAACGGUUGUAGUCAGAAGACAUCAUUGGUUCUGUGUUUCCUACGGAAAUAAGAAACAAUCAACAUUGCACUGAAUGCUUGUGGUUUGGGGUCCCUACAGGAUACAGAGGGAACAUUCUUGCCGAAAAUUGAGUGAGAUUUUUUUAUGCAGAAUUUUGUCAGAAGGCAAUAGCACUGCAUGCUUUUCUGUGAGUGCAAAUGUACAUUGCUAAAAGGUUGUGUUGUUUUGUUUUUUAAGAUGGCACGCGCUUUGAAGAGAGGAAAAUGCAUUUUUUAAGAGUUUAAAAAUCUUAUGAGUGAGAAUUAUAAGAAAGCUUACUUAUUUUCACCUUUAGAAGAAAUAAAAGAUGGUUCUCGUA